CUGGAAGAGCUGGAAGAGGAAGCGGAAGAGGAACUGGAAGAAAUCAACCCAGAAGAUGAAGAAGAGAGCGAGCAGAAGCUAAUAGCUCAGGAGAAAGAGAUCGGUGCUUUCGUGCCUAUUACGUUUGAAGACUUUAGCUCCAUGUACCGUGCGUCACCGGAAGUGGCAGAAAUGAGGGAACAGCAAAUGCAACAGCAGCAGCAGCAGCAGCAACGACAGCAAUUAGAAAGCGAACCUCAGUCAGCAGUCAGUAUGAAAAAGCUACAGAAAGACUCACUACUGGCACGUAAGAAGCCUCCUAAGGGAGCGGUCAAUAAGUUGAUCUACGGUCUGCACAAGGAUCCGAUCGUGAUACCGGACCAGGAGGAGGAAGGUUUGCAGCCGGGAACGGCAUCAGCGGAAACGAGAGAAAAUGUAAGUGCGAAGGGUGAGAACGCACGGAGCGUGCUUACGGCCCUGCUUUCGGAAAUCCCAUCACCACCACCACCACCACCACCGACAGAACUCGAUCAUCAAUUCGAUAAAUUUACCUCCCCGAUACUACCACCAUCUUCACCGCCUACCACGGCACCGGGGCGACAGGAUGUUAUGUUCGUUCAACAGCAGCCCACCGUAGCGGCCGUGCAACCACGGGAGAAACACGUCGAAUUCCGGCUUCCCGAGCCAGAGGAACCCGAAAUGUUGGAAGAAAUCGAACCGUUUGGUGCCAUUGAACCAACGCAGCUAGACAAUGGAAGCAAAGAGAAUCUAUUCGUACCGGAUGCGAGUGAGGAAGAAUUCGAACCGGAAGAGUACGGUGCAGAGUAUGAUGAUGAGUACGGCAUAGAGUAUGAAGAUGAAGAGCACGUGUACGAUCAGGACGAUAUCGAUUCGGUUCUGUUGAACCAGUACGGCUCGGACGAAGAGGAGGAACCAUUGACAGACGACAACAUUCCACCGGGUGGUGGCGAAGAUGAGGAAUCAGAUGUGGAUGAUUCCGACUUAAUGCGGCGAUUGGAGGAAAAGUACGGCAAGCUACCCUCGCCGGCAGCAUCUUCGAGCGCUGCGCAGCCAGUCGCUAGCUCGAGUACCGCAGAUCAGGAGGAAGCCGAUGAAGAUGACGCUACCGCAGCAGGGUGGACAAAAAUCCCAACACGGGCUGAGGAAGCUGAUCGGUCCUAUCAGGAAGAGCUAAGACGUGCACAACAGCAGUUGGACGAGGGCAAGGCUCAGGAUGCGCUCAAGACGUUCGAUGGAGUGCUGUCCCGGAAGAAGCCAAACUCGAUACCAGCGCUAGUAGGCCGUGCACGGGCACUAGAUGCGUUGGCUGAACAGCGCCGCAGCAAUGCGUUGUUAAUUGAGGCAAUCGCUGUCUACCGGAAGCUAAUCGUCGUACUAGAACUGUCGGUGGACGAUGCAACGUUGCGAUCGAUUGGCGAAAGGUGCAUCGAUCGGAUGCGCUUCCAGGGUCAGCACGCGAAUGCAAUCGAGGUGCACCAGACGCUUAUCCGACGGUUUAAUGAUGAACCGCACUUCCGCAAUCAGCUAGCCGUCACCUAUCUGUACAUGAAUCGCCUAGCCGACGCGAAAGCUGUGCUGCAUGAGACGUUACUGCGCUGGAUCGAAGAUGGCUUUGCGCUAGUACAUUAUGGCUUCGUGCUGAAAACGCACGACCAGAACAUGGAACUGGCGGCACAGUAUCUGCGUGAAGGUAUCGACACAGGCCACGAGGGAACGCAGGAUGGCCGCUUCUACUUCCACCUCGGCGAUGCACUGCAACGCUUGGGACGCACCGCCGAAGCUCACGAUAUCUAUCGGCGCGGUGUACAACGCAAGCUGUUCCUUUCGCUCUACCAACGCUCGCUGUACAAUGUAGACGGAUUGAGGUCCCGCCCCUUUUGGACGGAACAGCAAACGACGUAUGCAGGCGAACUGGAGAGUAUCCGUUCCCAGUGGACACUGAUACGGGAUGAGGGCCUGAAGCUGCUCAACAGCGCGGGAGUGUUUGUGAACGAGACGGAGAAUCUGCGCGAUCGGGGCGACUGGAAGCAGCUGGAACUGUUUGCCCGGGGUGCCCGUGUCGAGCGAAACUGUGCGCGUGCACCACUGACGUGUCGGUUAGUGGAGCAACACUUUCCGGCCGCACGUACCUGUAAGCGGGGUCAGGUGAAGUUUAGCGUUAUGCAUCCGGGUACGCACGUGUGGCCGCACUGUGGCCCGACGAACUGCCGGAUACGGGCUCAUCUGGGCCUGAACGUUCCCAGCGGUACUUACAUACGCGUUGCCGAGGAAACACGAUCCUGGGAGAAUGGCAAGUGGUUAAUCUUCGACGAUAGUUUCGAGCAUGAGGUGUGGCACAAUGGAACGGCCACCAGGUUAGUGUUGAUCGUUGACUUCUGGCAUCCGGAGCUGACGGAAAGCCAACGAAGAACAUUAUCACCGAUUUAGGGUUCUUGUGGUGCGUGUAACGCAAAUGCAUUUUACAAGUUAGUUAGCUACCAAACGUGCGUGUGAGGGAGAGAGUUUUAAAUAGUUAGGUUAGGUUACGCUUAUCACUAAAACAUGUCUUGUGUUGCUUACCUAGUGCCGAAGUGCGCUCUUCUUGAAGCCACGAAAGCAGCCUCGUGUAGUAGUUUAUAGACUCAUAUCAAAUGUAAAUCUCAAUAUCUCUCGAAUCACAUGUGUUUCUACCAAAGUAGGCGUAGGAGUAGUAGGGAGACGUUCCGCCAGAGGCUACUGGGUGUUUGCUUCGUGUUUGCAAAGCAUCGCCAAGCGUUGUUAGUUAGAUGUAAAAAGUUUGAAAAGACACACGGACGAAACAAGACAAAAGAGAUGACAUAUCACUUAGAGAAAGAGGAAGAUCGAAGAGUACAGAACAAUUGACUGAAAAUGGAGCGUAGGAGAAAGAUGGCGUAGCGCAAUCAUUGAAUCUUCAGCAACCGAUUGGAAGACAGAAUUUGGAAUGACAGGCCCACCAGCAGAGGGUUCGUGAGUUGGUUCAAUAUCAUAGUAUGCGUGAAUGAAGAAAUCGUUUUUAAACAAAAAAGUUCGUUUUCGUAUCUUUUAACUACUAUGGUUUCCUAAGGGCAACUUCGAUGUGUACUAUUUAGUUGACCGUUUAUUGAUUUAAUUGCUUUGCAUUUAUGUUGUGCGUUCAUAAGUUAUAGAAAUCCGCCCAAAAGUCCACCAUUUGCUGGUCUAGGAGAUCAAUGUUGCGCUCCGCGAGGAUCUCAUUCGUAUUGUUCGAGUUGGCAAACUCCA